AAUACAACCGAUUUACAUAAUAUCAUUUUUAACCAAUUAUAUUAAAGGAAGGUUUUGAUUCGACAAUUGUAAUACUCAACAAUGAUUGGUCAGUCAUUUGUUAAUGAUAGCCGUAUUGAUAUAUUCGUAAAUUGAUAUAAUUUACAUAUUUUUGGGAUAUAGAUGAUUUUAAUAAUAAAAAUAAUUAAUCCGCAAUGAUUUACAUUAUUUAAUAAUAAUUUUUAAUAAUAAAUUAUUCAAAUGUGAUUACUAACAUAAGUGAAGUAUUACAGAAAGAUGAAAUGAUAUCAAAAGAAAGGAAAAAAGUUCGUCGAAUCGGUGUUAUAUCUAAACCUGAUAAUUUAGAUUAUCAGUUGGUUAAAGGAAAUAAUGAUCAUGAUAAAAAAUAUUCAGUAGAUAGUCAACAGAAAUUUCCAUUUAAUUUAUCUCGAAUAAGAAGUCCAUCAAUAAUAUAUGCUUUCAUUAAACGUAAACAUUCACAACCAACUGAUACUAAAGAUAUCUCAUCUAAUUACACAAGAAAGCAUUCAGUGCCUAUUUCAUUUAUCAGAGAAAGACUAUCUUCUUCACAGUCACCUGAUCAAUGUAAUUUACGUUUAAGUAAUAUAGAUGAAAAAUUAACUAGUCAACCUUCUGACAUAUUUGACAAUGAACAAAUAGAUGAGGUGAUUGGAAGAGAAACACGAAGUACUUCUCUUCAACGUGUAUCAUUUGCAACACAACAUUUGGAAAUAAAUUUACCAGAUGAUGAAAAUAUUAUAUCAGAAGAUGAAAAUCAUAUAUCUAAUACCAAGGAAGAAUAUUGUAAAGAUAAUGUAGCCAAUGCUUUGGAAAAUUAUAAAGAGAGCAAAUGUAGUACUUCUAAAAGAUAUCCCCGUUAUUCAUUGCCAGUAAGUUAAAAAUCUAUAUUGUAUAAUUUAAAAAGGUGAUAAUGAUGUCGAUGAAAUUGAUUGGGAUUAGUUUUAUUCGUCUGUUUCAGAUACUUCACUGAGAAAUUGUUAUGAUAUAUAUGUGAUCAGUAUAAAUUUGUAAGAAAUAAAAUGAAGAAAGUCUUCAUCACUAACUGAUCAGAGAGAAUUACAAACAGGUUUUCAUUUCAAGUAUGAGUAUCGGGUAAAUAUUAUCAAGUAGCUGUAAAAAUAAAUGUAAUAGCUGUUUCGUUAUUUGUCAAUAAUGCUCCAAUUAUUAUUAGUCUAUUAAUUAGAAUCUUCAUUUGAAUUAUUCCAUUUAAAACUACAUAAAUUUGAUUUCGCUUACUUGUGACACUAAAUGCAGAA